AAAAAGAAGCAAAAGAAAGAUCCUCUUAUGAUGAAGAAGUCGAAAAAUGAUCCCAACGCCCCUCAGAAUAAUAGAAUACCACUACCAGAACUUAAAGACAGUGACAAGAUUGAGAAGAUCACUGUGUUUCGGGAGGGAGCGAAACGAGUUAAAGUCAGCUCCACAAACAUGCCGUCGAUCUGCUUCUACACUCUGCUUAACUCGUUCCAGGGGGCAACAUGUGUCGAGAUCAGUGAGGACUCCAGUCUGCUUGCUGCGGGGUUCUCCAAUUCUACCAUCAGGGUGUUCAGUCUCAAUUCAGUGAAGUUACGUACCAUGAAAAAGUCGAAAGACCUUGACAUCAUCGACAAAGAAGCAGAGGAUGUCCUGGAGCGGAUGAUGGAUGAUCGGACGGCUAGUGAUCACAAAGUCUUACUAGGACAUAGUGGUCCGGUGUACGCCACAAACUUCAGUCGUGAUCGCAAGUUCCUGAUUUCUGCCUCGGAGGACGGUACAAUUCGUCUUUGGAGUUUACUGACAUGGACCAACUUGGUUUGUUACAAGGGACAUAUCUACCCAGUGUGGGACGUCAAAUUUAGCCCACAUGGUCACUAUUUUGUAUCUUGUGGACAUGAUAAAACGGCCCGAGUCUGGUCAACUGACCACUCACAACCACUUCGGAUAUUUGCUGGUCAUCUCUCCGACGUUGAUUGUGCUUCGUUCCACCCAAACAGUAAUUACAUUGCCACAGGUUCGAGUGAUCGAGUUGUGAGAAUGUGGGACAAUCUAAAUGGCAACUGUGUCCGAAUUCUCACUGGACAUAAGGGUGCUGUACAGGUGCUGUGUUUCUCACCGGAUGGAAGAUUCCUCGCAUCCUCGGGAGUGGAUCGCUGUGUACUGCUGUGGGAUAUCUCCAGUGGCAGUUUGCUGGCUAACAUGAAGGGACACACAGACACUAUCUAUAGCCUGGCCUUUAGUCGCGAGGGUGCCGCACUGGCAUCAGGUGGUCUGGACAAUCAUGUAAAACUCUGGGACAUCCACAGGGUUCUACAGGAGGUGGACAUGGAGGCCGACCUCAGCAUCCCCAGCUCCUUCACUGUGAACGAGAACCCUAACCUACUAUUUGGUACGUUUCCUACCAAGUCCACGCCUGUCCUGGCUGUCCAUUUCACACGCAGGAAUUUACUACUUGCCAGUGGUCCACUGCAGACUUGAAAGGACAACAACCUCAAGGUCAAUACCAGUAGAGGUCAAGUUCAACACUAGCAUGAACCGCACUAGAGGUCAAGGUCAAGUGUAGUUGGCAACAGCAGAGAGGUUAAGGUCAACAUCAGACUGCACCUAUACAGAGUUCAAGGUCAACAUUUGACAAGCAAGAGGUGGUAUUUUGCUUGGGACAAAUUCACUUCCAGCCAUGACUGACAUUUUGUGUUUAGAAGGCAAAAAGAAACGGUUUGAACUCUUCAGGCCAUUUCAUGAUGGGUCAGGAUACCAGUGUAUUUGCUUUAUCAGUGAAAAUGUUAUAUCUCCAUGGCAACAUGACAGACAUGUCACUCGGUGACAAUUUAACAGUUAUGGUAUUGAAUGAUCUGUUAUCUGUUAAACAUUAAAACAUAAAACUUUUUGAUAAAUGUGUCAUUUAUGAAACAUGCAAAAGGAAAAAAUGUUCGAUAGAUUUCGGAAAUGACCCCCAUUCAUAUAAUAAUAUAAGUUUCAAUUUUUGUUUUAUUCUCAGGUAAAAGGAUAAAUGUCAUUAUCCAGAUAAUUCUGAUUCACAUUCUUACGAGUUCAUUUUAUCUAAUAUCAUUCAACAAAUAUUUUCUGUUAUUUCUACUCGCAGAAAAGUUUUGUGAAUCUCCAAAAGGAAUGUUAUCUUUUGACACAGAUUUUUACGGGUCAUUAUACCCUCAAUAAAUCAAUUUAAUAUUCCGGUACUGGAGACAUCUAGGGAAGAGUUUUAUCAUAAUUGAUAAGAACUCUGAAAGUGAUGACUAAAAUAUGACUAUUUUGUAAUAAAAUUUGAAAUGUGUA